AUGGCAACGUCUUCCCAACCAGCAGGCCCUUCGGAUGAGGGCCCUCCAUACCGCUCCUUUAAGGAGCUCCGCGGCGAUCCAACUGUCGCCGUCGUCUUCUCCGCCGCCGCCAAGCGUCUUUUUUGGCCCCUCGACGGCGUCUUCCCCACCGCCCUCUCCGUCAUGAAGACGACUCGCAGCGCGGACGAUCUCGAGCCGUACUUCCAGCAGACCCUCGGCGGCGGCAUCUGGCACGAGAUCGCGCAGCUGCCCCUGACCGAGCCCAAGGUCUCGUCGGUCGAGGCGUCUGUCUAUGACCUGGAGCAGUGGGAGUUCAACUGGGUGGCGUGGCAUGCGCACCACGAGGGGAGCCGGCUAACCCGGAAUAUGUCACAGCUCAAGGAGGACGGCAGCUGGGAGGAGGACUCGGACACUGAGUUCCUUAUCCGGUGCUGCGGACAGGAUCGACCGCUCCGGAAGAGGGGGCAGAAGCUUGUGGUCACGCCGGCUGCGGGCGGUCACUUCGUCACGGUGCACGACUACGUCAGCGGCUUGCGUCCUGACAUCUUGCUUGCCAAGACGGUUGCACAGCCUAAGCCGUAUCCUGGGUCGGCGGGAAUAGUGUGGAUGGUGGACCAGGGGCCGGAGCAUAAGGUGGAGGCGAAGCAGAGCUGGAUUCAAGCACACGGGGGUAGCCCGCCGCGUCCUAUCCCUGCCUCGACGGCCGCGAUUCUCGCAAGGAUACGUGCGAGUCGAAACAGGUGA